UAAAAUCCCCACUUCCCCACCAUCCCUUUUCUUCUCUCCUUUUGUUCUUAAGAAAAAGGCUGUACAUACAAGAUAGAACACAAGAGAAAGAGAAAGAAAAAUGGUGGAUGAUGUCAUAGUGUGUGUAGACAGAAUCAUAGCAUCAGCAGCUUGUUUGGAGUCAUCUUCAGUGAGUGAAGGACAACCAAAGUCAGCAACAACUGGGGGUAGUACUAAUGUUGUUGUUUCUGUGAAGAAAACAAGUUAUGAUGAGAAAGAAGAAGGGAAAGAAGGGUUUUGUUCAAAGAAAGGGAAAGAGAUGGUGGAGUGUAGGAUAUGUCAAGAGGAAGAUGAUUUGCUUUCUUUGGAAGCUCCUUGUGCUUGUAAUGGCACCCUUAAGUUUGCUCAUAGGAAGUGCAUUCAAAGAUGGUGCAACAAGAAAGGUGACAUAACGUGCGAAAUAUGCAAACAGGUUUUUUCACCAAAUUAUUCUCUUCCUCCAACCAGAAGCAGUCCUGACGUUUUGGCAAUUGACAUUAGGCAAGCAUGGAGCCCUCAUAUUGAUCUCCGUGAUUCACACCUUCUAGUGUUAACGGCUUCUCAAAGCCAAUUACUUCAAUCAGAGUAUGAUGAUUAUGUUGCUGCAAAUAGUGGAAGCCUUGCCUGUCUUCGCUCGGUUGCCCUCAUCUUGCUAAUCAUUUUGCUCUUACGCCAAGCCCUUAUGUUGACAAGAGAUUCUGGCAUGAUACAGGAGUCAUCAGCUUUCAUUAAUUUUCAGGUUUUGCUUCUCCAAUUUGCUGGCUUUCUUCUGCCAUGUUAUGUGAUAGCUCGCACGUGGUACUUACAAAGUCGAAGAAGGAGACAGGUGAGUUGUAGCUCCUGAUAGAUAUUCUUUUUCUUUUAUGUCAACACCAAUAACAAAGAUGUUUCUUCUA